GGUUGUUUUGAAUGGGUAAACUAUUCAUUACAAAGAUUGGUUGAAAGAUUGCGCUCGUCUCUUUCCGUUUGCAACACAAUGAUCCAUCUUGCUCAAAUUAGUUUGGGUAUUAAAAAACGACAGAGUUUCCGCUGCUUAAAAGAACAUUUGAAACGAGGUAUUUCUGCCUUAGAAAGUUGUGAUUCUGCUCGGAUAUGAAAAAACUUAGUCAGACAUGGAGGCAGAAAAGACCACGAAAUACAUCUCAUUCGUCAAAUAAUGUCAGAAGAAAAAGCGGAACAAAAGAUACACAAGAAGAGGAAGAAAAUGACUUUGAUCUUAUGCCCUCUUUGGGUGCAUCUUUUGAUUGGCAAAUUGAAGAAAUUGCAACUGUCAGCCAACUGAAAACAAGCAAAGAAACAGCUACGAGUACAAAGCAUGAUUCAAAGUGCAAGCUGGAAAGUUUUAAAUCCCCAAGCAUAAAUAGUGUACAUCUUUUAAAAAAUAGACAAGUCUCAACACCUGCUGAUCUGGCAAAAGAUACACAUGCAGACAUUUUCAAUGGCAUGAUAUCCCCUGUUAGUACAGUAAACACAAAGACAAAAGCCUUAACUACACAAGAUGAAAGUCCGUUGUUUUUACAUGAAAAGGGAAACAAAAGAGAACUUGCAAACAAACAAGAUGAUUGCCUUUCAAAACUUGGUGCUAGCUCAAGAAGUGCCCCUGGUCUGGGAUGCAAUUCACAAUCUGGUUCCAAACCAAGUAAAUACUCAUUAAAAAUAGACUCAUGGGGUCUUCCAGAGUGUGUUGUCAAUCAAUAUGUUGCUCAUGGCAUAGUAAAUAUCUUUGAAUGGCAAAGAGAAUGCUUGCUUACUGGCAAAGCAUUGAACGGAGGCAACCUGGUCUACAGUGCUCCAACUAGUGCUGGAAAGACACUUGUUGCUGAAAUUCUCAUGCUGAAACAGGUUUUAAAGACCAAAAAGAAGGCCAUCUAUGUUUUGCCAUUUGUCAGUGUUGCAAGAGAAAAGAUGUUCUAUUUACAGGAUUUGUUCAGAGCAGCUGGAAUUCGCGUUGAUGGAUACAUGGGUGCUCAGGCACCGAGUAAAGGCUUUAUAGGGACAGAUAUUGCUAUUUGCACAAUCGAAAAGGCAAACUCAUUGGUUAAUCGAUUAAUGGAGGAGCGGAAAAUAAGCAGUUUAGGCAUGGUUGUCAUUGACGAAAUGCAUAUGAUUGGGGAUGGUCACAGAGGAUACCUGCUAGAACUCAUGUUGUCAAAGAUUCGAUUUCUUCAAAAAUCGUCUGCAACUGAUGAUACAGCAGAAGACUGCGGUGUACAAAUUGUUGGUAUGAGCGCCACUUUGCCAAACUUGAACAUGCUAGCUGAUUGGCUCAACGCUGAUUUAUACCUCACUGAAUACCGCCCCGUGCCUCUUGUUGAAACGAUCAAAGUUGGUAAGGUUAUAAUGGACCAAGACCAACGGACGAUUUCUGAAAUCAACGAAAGUGACAUUGUCCGUGGAGACGAGGACCAUAUCGUACCGCUCUGCCUGGAAACCAUACGCAACUGUCAUUCUGUGCUGAUAUUUUGUCCAACAAAACAGUGGUGUGAACGGCUUGCAAAGAACAUUGCUGAUAAUUUAAAGCACUUAAUAAUGCCCGACCCCAAGCAAGGAGAACUCCAGAGCGUAGAGGAUAGCCGCACGGCCCUAUUAGACACUGUGGCGAUAGCAGAAGUCAUUGAGCAGCUUAAACGUUCCCCAGCGGGGCUCGAUAAAGUCGUUGCUGAUGUUGUCUCUUUUGGGGUGUCAUUUCACCAUGCUGGACUUACAUUCGACGAACGAGACAUAAUCGAGGGUGCAUUUAAAAGAGGAGCAGUAAGGGUUCUUGUUGCUACAUCAACUCUGUCAUCAGGUGUAAAUCUACCAGCAAGGCGUGUGAUUCUACGAACCCCAAUUUUUCACGGUAAAGUGAUAAAUUCUCUGGUGUAUAAGCAAAUGACAGGCAGAGCUGGGCGAAAGGGCGUUGACACAACAGGCGAAAGUAUUCUCAUUUGCAAACCCAGUGAAAAGCAAAAAGGAAUCAAGCUUCUCAGAUCUCAUCUCGAUCCAGUUUACAGCUGCCUAAUUGGCACAGAUAACGAGAGUGAGGUACCUGGUAUGAAGCGUGCUUUGCUUGAAAUCAUUGCUGCUGGUGUCGCAACGACAAGAAAUGACGCGGAAACAUACGCGAAGAGCACGUAUUUGAAUUUCUGCCUUGCCUCCUUGAAAGGCUGUGACCCUGCCAAAGCAAUCAAAAACACAAUUUCAUUUUUGAUUGAGAAUGAGUUUAUCAGGGUCGAUAAAGGACCGAAUUUGGACAACCAGUUGGAAGACGAAACGGAGCAAAGAUUCGCCCCAACACAAUUAGGCUCAGCUACAUUGGCAUCUUCAUUAUCACCUGACGAAGCUCUAGUCGUGUUUAAAGAGCUCCAAAAAGCUAGGCGAUGUUUUGUCUUGGAAAAUGAACUGCAUAUUGUGUACCAGGUGAUGCCUAUAUACAUGCAAUCACAAUGGCCAGAAUUGGAUUGGUAUCGUUACUUCAGUAUUUACGAAAAGCUUCCUCCUCAGUACAAAAGAGUUGGAGAAAUUGUUGGCGUGGAAGAAGCUUUCCUCGCAAGUGCAGUACGUGGCCGUGUACCAACAAGAUCAGAGGCCCAAAGACAGAAGCUUGCGGUACACCAACGAUUUUACUCCGCACUUGUACUCUUAGAAUUAGUAAAUGAGAUACCAUUGAGAACUGUGAGCAGACGGUACAAUGUCAACAAAGGCCUCCUGCAAUCUCUUCAAAAUUCAGCAUCAACGUUUGCUGGGAUGGUCACAAAGUUUUGUCAGAAGUUAGGUUGGAGAAACCUCGAGAUGCUUGUUGAUCAGUUCCAAAAUCGCCUAUCGUUUGGCGUUACUCAAGAACUCUGUGACUUGGUUCGUAUUUCAAGUCUUAACGGUGCAAGAGCACGAUUACUAUACAAUGCUGGGUAUCAUACUGUCGGUGCUUUAGCUGUCUCUUCACCAAAUGAUUUAAGAAAGUUACUGGAAAAUUUUGCUCCUUUCGAGAGUGAUAAAAAGCUACAAGGCGAGAGUGGCUGGGAAGUUGCUUCAAAGAAGCGUUUGAGAAACUUUUGGGUGACAGGGCGGAGUGCAAUGACAGAGGCAGAAGCUGCAGAGUUGAUCGUAUGUGAGGCGAAGGAGCUUGUGCAAGGAGACCUCGUUGCUAUGGGAAUGCAAAUGAAUGACGUUCAAUUUCAAACCAAUCAGUUCACAAGGCAUGUCAACAAGAAGAGUGAAGACCAUUCAAAUCAUGGAAAGGUAUCUAGUUCUGCGGUGAAACACAACAACGAUUACAUAUCUGAGCUGCAGACCUCAACGAAUGGUUUUGUCAGUAUGCAAUGUGACCGAGUCCCUGUACCUGCAGUGAAUUGUUCAGAGAAGAGCUCGUCUUCUUCACAAAACCAGAAAAGGCACCUGGUAGUAAAUGAUGGAAAUACUGCAAAGAAUGGAGAUAGGAUAGCUCGUGACAUUGUAGCUGCUGAACAAACUCUAGCUACGGGUGAAAGAAGCAACUUGAGAAAGACACUUGACCAAGUGAAUGAAGACUUAGAACCAAGAGACACUAGCAAAGCAGAAGCACCAAAAGAUACUGCCCCGCCCCAAGUCGCAAUAAAACGUGUAGAUACAAGUAACAACAAGGAGAACAUUUCUCCGCAAGACAUGAAGGUCCGCAAUGAGCCGUCAUCUCCUGAGGUAUGUAAUGAAGUUUCGAAUAGAAAGAGAAGCUUCAAUGACAUUUCUCAUGAUUCAAAGAACCAAGAAUACUUUCAGAUGACUAAUUCCUUGAAUAUACAAGAUUUUGAUGCUUGUAUAUCAGAUUUGAAGGAAGCUGAUGGCAACAGUAGCGAAAAGAUAAUGAACAACGAUUGUAUGACUGCAAAUAUAGAGGAGGAAUGUUCGUUUGCACAACAGGAAAUCAGUCCCCUGCAAGUUGAAAGGUCACCAGACAGAACUGCUGAAAAUUCACUAGAAGAUGCAAAUGGAUCGUUCAUUUUGAUUAACUCACGAGAGGAAGAACACGUUGGGUUUGAUUGUGAAGGAUCUAAAAAGGACACAUCAAUGGAGUUAUUUUCACAACCACAGUUUGAUGAUGCUGAAACUCACACACCGCUAAGUUUCAAUGAAUACAGAUCGAUAAAUAAAUUUACCAAGAUAUCUGAUUAUAUUUUUGAUAAUCAAACAGAGAAUGUUGAUGGAGCUGCGGCUGUUUUAAGCGAGAAAGGAAAUUUAUGCAGACAAGAUAAAGGAUUUAGAAAUAGCAAUGUCGAGAAGAUCGAAGAACAAGGGUGUACUGUUGUGGACAAUUGCCUGUCCAUUAGGAGAAAAAACAGUAAUAUCUCUUUUGAUGGCUCUACUUCAAGUAUUCUUUUCGACAGUUUUGGCACCUGUAACCUUUUGUCACCUGGUAAUGAUAAUGAUCAUAACGAACAAUCGUUUUGCCUGAAGCUAUCAGAGUCUUUUGCUGAUGAAGGCGAUGCUUUCCAAGAAACAACUGAAGACAGAAUCAAUAUCCCUAUUUUGCGUAAACAGAAGACUGAUCGAUCUGGUAUAGUUAAUGACCAUAAACAAGGUGCUGUUGACUUUCUUGAUGAUGAAAACGAUGAGGUUGAGAUCAAAGCAAAAUGUGGAUUUGACAAAGGGAUCGAUGGUGAUGCCGAGAUCGUUAUGUCGGGGAGCGAUUCAUUUACAAAAGCGCUCUGUGAAAUCGAUUUAAAUGACCCCGUAAAGAAGCAGUUGAAGUCAGACGAGGCAGAGUUAAACCAGGCUAGCAAUCGUUUAGAUGGCAACAAGCGGCGUAGCAGUGAACGUAUCGCGAAAAGGAGGUUAAGUAACGAUGACUCCUUUCGGAUAGUUGAUGUAGUGGCCAAAAGAGAUGUGUUUGAUUUGUUUAUAGAGAGGUGCAUGAGUACAAAGAUCUUUUCAUUUUCUGUAGCUCGGGGUUCAAACCUGGAUACAAACAAAAAUAAAGAGCAAGCUUUUGAAAAUAACAUUGCAGGGCUAUCUGUUUGCUUUGGAGGAAAGACGUCUUUCUUCGUUGAUUUUCUGGAACUGCAAGACUGUAUUGGUUGGAGUUUGAAAGGAAACGAAGAUAUAGCUGGGAAACUAAUCGUUGAGUUGACAAGAGAUAGCGACUCAGUUAAAAAGAUUGUAUAUGAUGCCAAAGAGCAUUUCAAAGUAUUUAUAAAGUCGUUUGGAUGUGAGAUGAAGGGAAAAAUUUAUGAUCCUAAGGUUGCCGCAUGGCUUUUGGAUCCUAGCUCAAAAGAACCAACCUUCCACGAACUUGCAUUGAGCUAUCUACCAGAAGAUUACAAAGACAUAAUUCACAGGGUUGGAAGUACAUAUGACACAGGAAGUAUCGGCCUCAUAAGUGACACUGCAGCGUCGCCUCGUUUACGUGCUAGCGUUGAAGCGGUCACAAUCUACAGAUUGAUGGAAAUAUUGGAAAUGAGGAUUUUAUCAGAAGGUCUCUAUUCAAGUUUUCUACAAAUUGAAAUGCCGGUUGCACACACUGUUGCCAAAAUGGAGUUGAAUGGCUUUGGGUUUUCCCCUGAGCAGUGCGACGCACUAAAGCACAAGCUACUGAAAAGACUGCAAGAUUUGGAAGCUAAAGCAAAGACUCUAGCGCGGCGUCCGUUUUCUAUUAAUAAUCCUGAGGAGGUUGCCCAGGUUCUUUUCAUUGAGCUGGGAUUGCCUCCAGGUGGAGAUGCUGAGGUGUUGGUUGCACAGAAACGAGGAUUAGGCGGGAAAAGGUCCAGAACGAGGCAUCUCAGCACUGCUAAAGGUGUUCUUGAGAAAUUAAAGGACCUUCACCCAUUGCCAUCAGUAGUCCUUGAGUGGAGGAAAGUAAACAAAGCUCUGACAUCAGUCGUUUACCCGAUGCAGCAUCUUAAAGAAUAUUGUCAAAGUUCCAAGAUGUUUCGAAUCCAUUCUUGCUAUCAACUGCAUACUGUUACUGGUCGUAUGAUUGCCAUUGAACCGUGUAUACAAAACGUUCCGAAAGAUUUUGACAUUGUUCAGGAUGGCGAAGGUACUGCCGUAGAGGAUAUUUUUCAAAAGACAUACUCCACGCGUAGGCCUGUUAGAGAAUGUACCCGUCUUUCGUUUGGUGAAGGUGAUCGGCCUAAUGAGGGUGCCAAGCACGACAUUAGCAUGAGGACAACUUUUGUACCUGCAGAGGGGGGAAUACUGGUUUCAGCUGACUAUUCACAACUAGAAUUGCGAAUCAUAGCGCAUUUGUCACGUGAUCAACGCUUAUUGUCAAUACUGAAUAGUGAAGGUGACGUUUUCCGUAUGAUUGCAGCUGAAAUAAAUCAGUGCCAUAUAAAUGAAGUAAAUGACCAACAGCGACAAAGCGCAAAGCAUAUAUGCUACGGUAUAAUAUAUGGAAUCGGACCAAAAGCCCUCGCUGAAAAGCUACAUGUCAACGAGGAUAUGGCAAGUGCCUUCAUGGAACAAUUCAAAUGUCGGUUUUCAGGUAUCAGGGAGUUUACGAAACGGACGGUUGAUUUCGUCAGGGCAAAAGGUUACGUCCUCACAAUGUCUGGAAGAAAAAGGUAUUUUUCGACAAUCAAUUCUAGAAAUGCCCAGUCGCGAAGUCUUGCAGAAAGGCAGGCUGUGAAUACUGCCAUACAAGGUUCUGCUGCGGACUUAGUUAAAAAAGCAAUGAUUCAAAUUGAUAAGCGAAUUAGUGCAGAGUUUCCGGAGAAAACAAACACGUAUAAUUGCCCUUAUGAUGCAAAUGUUCCGAUCGUUGCCUUUGGAAGUACGAACGACUCUCGUCAAAUGAACGCAAACUGGCUUUGCAAGCCGAGGCUGAUCCUACAACUUCACGAUGAAUUGAUUUAUGAAUGUUCUGUUCAGGAACAUAAACUGUUUACAAGCGUCAUGAAAACAGAAAUGGAACAAGCAUUGAAACUUGCAGUACGUCUUCCUGUAAAAGUUAGGACCGGUAGUAGCUGGGGUGAAUUGAUAGAGUAUUUGUAAGGUGUAACAUAUUUAUAACCAUAGGGAUAAUUCUAUCUCUAUACAGGUAAAAGGGUUUAACGUAUUAUUUAUUAUAAGUAAUUAAGUGGUUCUGAGUACUGAUAAACUUUUGAUGA